AUGAAAGAAGGACGGAAACGGUUUCAGUUCAUGGACGAUGAGAUUAAUCUCGUCAAAACCUGCGGUGUAUUUAUUACCAUGAAUCCAGGCUACGCCGGUAGAACAGAACUACCAGAGAAUCUCAAGUCACUUUUCAGGCAAAUCAAGUCUUCAUUCUUAUGCCCUAAUGCUUAA